UUUCUAGGGAAAAUAUGUGCUGGGCCGAGGGGCGGGAAGAAGAUGGUGGGGAGGCCUCCAGUCUUGAGCCACGGGGGCGGCCCGCCACCGCAGCCAACGCCGGACGCAGGAGCGAGCCAGGCAGGCUGGGCGCUGCCUCAGUCGGGGACGGAAUAGCUCUACAGCGCUGGGUGGGCCCGGAGCUCGCUCGCCAGCACAGUCGCCUCGGCGUGGACCAAGAACCGCCAUGACGGGCAGUAACAUGUCAGAUGCCCUUGCAAAUGCUGUGUGUGAACGCUGUCGAGCUCGUUUUGAUCCAACUGAACGCAUUGUGAACAGCAAUGGGGAGCUGUAUCAUGAAAACUGCUUCGUUUGUGCUCAGUGCUUCCGCCAGUUUCCAGAUGGGCUCUUCUAUGAUUUUGAAGGGCGAAAGUAUUGUGAACAUGAUUUCCAGAUGCUUUUUGCACCCUGCUGUGGGGAAUGUGGUGAAUUCAUCAUUGGCCGUGUUAUCAAGGCAAUGAACAAUAACUGGCACCCAGAAUGUUUUCGUUGUGAGCUUUGUAAUGUGGCUCUUGCUGAUUUGGGUUUUGUGAAGAAUGCUGGCAGGCACCUCUGUAGAACGUGCCAUAAUCGUGAGAAAGCCAAGGGCCUGGGCAAGUACAUUUGCCAGAAAUGCCACUUGAUCAUUGAUGAGCAGCCCCUGAUGUUCAGGAAUGACUCCUAUCAUCCGGAUCAUUUCAACUGCACCCACUGUGGGAAGGAGCUAACUGCUGAUGCCAGGGAACUGAAGGGGGAGCUGUACUGCCUGCCAUGCCAUGACAAGAUGGGCAUCCCCAUCUGCGGGGCCUGCCGCAGGCCCAUUGAGGGUCGCGUGGUCAAUGCUCUGGGAAAACAAUGGCACGUGGAGCACUUUGUUUGUGCCAAAUGUGAGAAACCAUUCCUGGGACACCGGCACUAUGAGAAAAAGGGACUGGCAUACUGCGAGACACAUUACAAUCAGCUCUUUGGAGAUGUCUGCUAUAACUGCAGCCAUGUGAUUGAGGGGGAUGUGGUAUCUGCUCUUAACAAGGCUUGGUGUGUGAACUGCUUCUCCUGUUCUACCUGCAACAUCAAGCUCACUUUAAAGAAUAAGUUUGUGGAAUUUGACAUGAAGCCAGUGUGCAAGAAAUGUUAUGAGAAAUUCCCCUUGGAACUGAAGAAACGUCUGAAGAAGUUAUCCGAGUUGGCUUCCAAGAAAACUCAUCCCAAAGCUCUGGAUUUAAAUUCUGCUUAAAGAGGUCCAUGUAUCCUGCUUAAAGAGGUCCAUGCUUCCUGCUGACUGCACUCAUCUUCACCUGAUAAAACAUGUAUCACCUGCUGAUCCACUGAAGAAUGUCUUAAAACAGCUUUCCCCAACCUUGCAUCUCCCAGACAUGUUUGAACUGCAAUGCCCAGAUUUCCCCAUCAGUGCCCCUGCUGGAUGGGAAUUCUGGGAGUUGCAGUCCAAAUGCCUCUGAAGGUCUCCAGGUUGGGGAAGGCUGCCUUAAAGGAUCUGAGACAGACAAAGCUCACCAGUUAUAUUUUGCAGCCUGCAUAUUUUUCUGCUCAAGUAUAUUGUGUCGAGUCUGGCUUAUCAAAGACAGAUAUGGUUAUAGAUUGGGGUGCAGAUCUACAGGCUGGAGUGCCAUAUUCCCCAGAAGACCAUCUCCCUUCCCCCAGCAGAGCACUGGUUGGGUGGUUUUCCAGCUUUUGUAGUUUCCCCCCUAUUAUAAAAGAUAGAAAUCCCUCUUCUAAGUCUUAAUUACUACAGUAAGAACUUAGCGAAUGCUAGUACUGGGGGUAUACCACUUUUGCUUUUGGCUUCACCUAUCACUGGAAUGUGGCCUUUAAGCUUUUGCAAAAUGGAAUUUAGAUGUCAGAGGUUCAGCAUCCCUGCCUACAUAUUCCUUUCAUAUUCAGAGCUUUUCUGACAAAGCAUCUCGUUUGCACUCAUCAUUCCCUACUCAGGGUUUUUAAGAUGAUGUUGUGACUGUCUAGUUGUGUUCCUUUGUCUGUAUAGCACUUUGAGCAAGUUUAUUGACAUCGAAAGAAAAUUUUUUCACAUGUAUUCGUGCUGUUCUGCUAUACCACUAUCUGCUAUGCCACCUUAAGGUUAUAGAGUAGAAAAGCAGGAAAGGAGAUGUUUUUUGUGUAACAUUCAGAUCUCAAUCCUGCUAGAAAACCCAAAAGUAGAUACAACAGAUUAACAGCCUCUGUGCAAAAUCCCUUUUUUUCUCCACAGUUGCUGUACUGAGAUUCAGGGUCAGCAUUUUAUUCAGCAUUUUAUGCAAAACCAGCUUGGUAGGCUGCAAGUGGAAAAAAGGAAAGGUUAAGUGAAAAUAGACGGUUUAACACUUUCCAUCCAAACAUUUGCUUUUUAGCUAAAAAUCAAAUUGCAAGCAGCUUUUUCACCAAAGUUGAAAAAGCACCUUGGAGAGAUAUUUUAAGCUAAGAAAGAAUUGGUGUGGUGAGGGAAGGGUUGCUGCUUUCAUUUCUGCUUAUCCUUUGUGAUGACUUGUAACCUGUGCAGGCUAAUUUUGAUUUUUAAAAAUUGCAGAGAAAAAAAUGCAGUCAACUUCAUGUAAUGUGUCUUCUGAACAUUCCCUUAACAUUGCAAGUGACUAAUUGCAAUUGAGUCCCUAAAUUGCUAGUACUGGGGGUUGUGUGGGAUUUAUGAAAAUCAAGCAACAUUGCCAUUUUUUAUAAAAUUGUUGCAGUGGAGUAUGGUAUUACUUGGCACAAACUUAUAUCGGUUUAUUAACUGGCCAGCCUUCCUUACUGCUGUAGUAACUAAGCUGCAUGUGGUUUUUUUCAGCUUCUGAAACUAUUAGUUUAUUCUGGCAUAAACAAGUUUUAUAAUAUAGACAAAAUUUUAUAAAAUUCCCAAGGUCUCACCUAGCACUGCACCUUAUUAUUACCCCUUCAUUCAGUGUUAUAUUCAAUUGUAUUGUAAUCCUGUAAGCAACCCUGCUAAAGCUAGAACUAUAUGCUACCUUGGCAACAUAUUCCCAAAAAUAUGUUUUUAUAUUAAUGCAGGGGCAAGGAGUGUGUCUUUAACCCUUUCCCCUCUUCCAUCUUUGCACCACACUUCAUCCUGACCAAUUUCUCCACAGCUAUCUCAGGUUUUAUGUCGGGAGUUGGGUGAAUUGCAGAGGAGAAAUAGCUAGGAUGCAGAAAGGUGACUGACAGUGGAGGCAUUAAGCCUACUGAGCACCAUGUUAUCUUUUGCACCUGUAUAUUUUUCUGCUCAAGUAUGUGCUAUCUACCCGCCCCCACCCAAAAAAAAUAGCAAUACCAGGCAAUCCUGUGUUUGGUAGCUGUUUGCUUCAUAAACUGUAAUGUUUGUAUUUCUGUGGUAAGAAGAUAUAGUGGAAAGCUUAGUAGAAUAAGCUGUCCCUUUGUAACUAAGUACAGAGCAGAAAAGCAUUAUCUUGUCCUUCUUAUGCAUCCUUGCUUUAGUUAAGCACUGCACACUGCUUCUAUUGCAAGAUGAAGAUCAACUUUUCCAUCUUCUUUUAUAAAUGAAUCCUCAGAUAACAUUUAUAUACUAAUUAUUAUUUUAUAAAUAUUUAGUUUAUGUUGUCACAUCUAACAAAGAAAAGGCUUGUUCUUUUCUUUAUCCGAAGCCAUGCUUCAGCUAUAAAUACAAAGGGGAACAAAUUUCACAGGGAGAAGCACAUUUACAGUAAGGGGACUCUCAGAGAAUCAGUCACUCUCAUGUAGAGCCCUCAGUUAAGAUUGUGCAUGUGCACAAGUGUGCAUGUGAACUGGCAUAGUCAUUUAAAUGGAACAAACACCAGACUUAUGAGCAGGCAGUUUGCUUGUUCCAUGUGUUCCUGUAGGUAGAGAAGUUGUGUGGGAGCAGUGUGGUUCCCUUUCCCCCAAUGAAGCCAUCAAACUGUACUGCUGAAGGAAAAAAAGCACAAAUACUACAACCCAUGUAGAAUCUUCAUAUCCUGACUAAUGUUAAGACUGCUCGUAUAUUUGGACUCAUAACUUUGGUUAUUCAUAGCUAGAGAAUACAACAUCUAAGCCACCUAGGAAGGCCUUUGGCAGUUAGGUGGCAUGUAAAUGUUUGAAUAAAUAAAUAGGCAUGCAUCUAUUUGCAGUGAAAGAUAUGGCAAAUUGUGCUAGAGGGGGAUGAGCAAGUGAAUAUUCAACCUUAAAGGUACAAUCCCAUGCAUGUUUAUACAGAAAAAAGACUAUAAAUUCCCACCUUUAGUAUGGGAAGCACUGUGACCGAUGAUUCCUAGUUCCUGAUCCAACAAGUGAUAAUGGGCCUGCUUUCAGGAUCAUUAAAUGCUGUGUACUUUAACAAUUUUAAUGUACUAUUCCUUGACAAUGCAGACUUUGUUACUCUAAUAUGAAUAGACAAAGGCUAUGUGCCUUAAAUUUAACUGAUUUCUAGGCCAUCUGUAACACUAAGAAGUCAGAGGCAUUUUUACAAAAUAUGGUAUUUGCUUUUUCCAUGAUACAUUUAAAGAUGAGUUUAAAUAUUUAAAAAAAUUAUAAUGAUUGGGAAAAGCCUUAUACAGUGGAAUCAAGAGACAGAUUUAAAAUGUCAUUCAACCUAUGGAAUUUCCUGGGGCUUCAUAAGAUAAAUAAUUACAACACUAAUCUCUAGAGUUAUCUAAUAUGAAGAAUCAAGUGUCUACUUCUGAAAUUUUCUUUUAUGUUAGAUUGUUAUGUACAUCAUAUCUUCAAAAAAUAGAAUCCAAUUGUUGGAAUUUGUUGAAAAAUAUAAAACGAUCGCCAGGAAACAAUUUACUUCCAAUGGCAAAUGGCUUUUCUAGGGCUGCCUGCUAUAAUGAUCAGUAGAGCUGAGCCAAAGCAUGGGGUUGAGGUUUAUGAACAUUUGUCCUCUGAAAUAUGUCCCAUUUUUGGCUCUAAAACGCAUAUAUCUUGCUGGCAGAGUGAGAAUGAAGGUAGGCAAUGAAACUACAGAACAGAAAGCAUUGGUUGGGUGUAUGCUGGAAUGCACACCCCAAAGAGAAGAUUCUCUUUCAGAGUAAGUAUUUGGCUGUCCAUCAGAAUAUACAGAACAGUAUGGACUCUGGCAAGGGUAGGGCUUGAUUUGGCCUUCAGAAUGAGGGUAGUGUAUUUGCAUCAGUGCCACCAUUCAGUUAAAUAUGGCCCCAUGUUUAUUGUGCGAUUCCUCACUGAGUUGGAUCAGUUGUCAGGAAAGAAAGAAGCCCUGUAAAAGUGUUUAAAAUGCCAUUGAAAGUGGAAUGUUGGGGGGAUGUUGGCUGUCACAGGAAACAGGAUAUAAACAUGGGAGGCAAGAAGUUUUGCCUCCCAUUUUAUUUUGCACAUGUUGAAAACACACUUUUUAGUAUAGCUCUGCUGACCAGUCCAUGUCAAGUAGGCAUUUGUUCCAUUAAAGGCAGUCUGAAUGGGUAAAAAUCAUAAGGUAGAUUCAUAUUAAGUACAUGCUGCACUGAAUGCAUAUUUACUUGCUAGCAAACAAUACAUUCUUAAUAUGCAAACAAUAUAGUUACAUCUUUCAUGCAUACAUAAAUCACUUGAGUUCAUGGAUUACUUCUGAAGAAAGCAAAUAAUCUUAGAAGGCAUAGGAGGAACUUUAAAAGUUACUAAUAAUUGGCAUCAUAAUAAUGAUAUUCUCCAUCCUCCAGUGGUAAGGCGAUGGAGUUGCCAAAUAUUUUGUAAGAGACAAUUCUCAGUUGAAGAGACUGCAUUUUUUACAAUGUAUGGAAAUGCUGUGACUAACAGAGCAAAGUGAGGGAUGGCUACUCAAAAGUGAAUUCUGUGGAGUGUAGAGUCAGUGUACCCAGGUAAGUAUGCAUUGUAGGGUUGUAGUAUUGUUAGGAUUCUAGCCUAACAAUACAAUACUGUGCAUGUCUACUCAGGGGUAAGCCUCAUUGAGUUCAGUGGGACCUGUAGCCUGACAAGUGAAUAUAUGAUUGCAGCUUCCAGUAUAUGAAAAAUGCUCAGUUAUUACGUAAACCAUAUAAUGUAUAAAUAGGAAUUGUCUCUUUCUGGUACAAGAUCAUAAUCAAACUUCAGUGUGUGAUGUCAAACUUUUUACAAGACCUAUGAAGUUUUCUGGCAGUCAGUACUUUGCAAUUGUAUAACUGUUAUGAUUUGCCUAACAAAAUGAUCACUUCUGUUGGGUUAAAAGAUAGUAUUCACUUCAGUUUAUAUUAUUGGAAUGACUGUUCACUGAUAGAUAUAUUUUAAAUCUUCACAGUAAACAUUAGUUUAAAAGUUA